AUGAUCGCUGGGAUCACCAUUGGCUGUCCGACCACUUUACCCGAGUUUAGCGGUCGACCCAAACUACUAUUGGUGUGCAAAUCGCAAUGGGUGAGUAGCCUUUCCCUACCAGGCUAUGCCUCCUUUUCUCCCUCUCUCUCUCCCUCUCACUUAUACCCGGCUAAGCGGGUCGACCCGACCGGCUCCUACUGCUUAGCCCUACCAUUCAUUUGUGUGAAUCACUGUCUCAUGAAAUGCAAACCCUAUGACCGCAGCGGCGAUAGUAUGGAGGGCUCGGAGGACGUGAAUGUGGCCGGGGAUCAGUUGGCACAGAUGUCUGUGGACCAGAAAAAGGAGUCGCGAUCGGGUGGUGGACACCAACGCAACCACAGGACGCCCUCCUCUUCGCACAGAAGCGCAUCCAAUAUCUCAGGGAAC